AGUGGGGGAAGUGUUCUUCGGAGUCAGCGUUGCUAUAUCAACCUUCGGAGCCCUGUCUUCUUCUCUCAUGGGCAGUUCCAGAUUACCGUUUAUUGCUGCACAAGAAGACAUGUUCCCUAAGUUCGUGGCUCUGAUACAAGUGAAGAAUGGAACUCCCAUAGUCGGUCUCUUCACCAUGGGAACCUUGGCAACAUUCUGGGUUUGGCCGAUUGAUAUUGGAGGCUUAAUCAAGUACGUCGGCUUCCUGUCCUGGGCAUGGUGGGGAAUGUGCUUCUUUGCAGUUCCUCUCCUCCGCUACACUAUGCCUGGCCACCCAAGAACCUUCAGGGUGUUUCUACCCGUGACUGGGUUUGCUAUCAUGGCUUCACUUUAUCUUACUAUCGGACAGUUCGUCGCUAGUCCAGUACCAUGUCUAGGCUGGCUAGCUGUGGUAGCUGCCGGAGUACCGAUAUACUACGGGUUCGUGGACCCUGAUAACACCUGCAGAACAUGGAUGGCAUGGUUGUUGUCAAAGCUAUCUAAACUUCUCAAAGCGGAACUGUGAACAUUUGCCAAUAACUCCUGGAAUAUCAAGAAAGAAAAUAAUCAGUCUGCAUAAUUACUGCAUGUUUGAGAGAUUACGUAACCGUGCUAGCUUAAAUAAGCUAUAUUGGUUAGUGAACAAACUUGAUCGAGUUUUAUGGACUUAUAAACUAACGAUUGCAUGGAAAAUAUAAAGAUUAAAGAAUUAGUGUGUUGAACUGAAAUGUCAUACAACGUUAUAUUGCUUACCUGCCAUUUUAUGCUUUGUAUGAAGUUUUAUAAUAUAUUAUUUUAUAUCAAA